AUGACAGCUUAUUUCUAUUUACAGAUGCAUUUUAAUUUAAUUUCUCUUUUCUUGCUAAUUUUCCUCGUAAUGGUUGAGUCAAUACCUGACCAUUACAAAACUUUAGGAGUUCCAAAGAAUGCAUCAACAAAAGAGAUUAGAACAGCACACAAGAAAUUAAUGUUAAAAUAUCAUCCGGACAAAACUAAAAAUGAUCCGAUUGCUUUGAGAUUUUCACAAGAAAUAAAUAAUGCUCGUGACAUUCUUACUAAUGAGAAAGAACGGAGAGAUUAUGACAAAAAAUUGCAAGAAUCCUCUGGAUCAUUUUAUGAAACGCCUGAAGGGGCAUCUACAUCUGGAAGAUCUGAAAGGACAUCUGGAUCAUCUGCAACGCCUAGAGAAUCAUCUAGAGCCUCUGAUGGGGCAUCUACAACGGCUAAAGGAGACUCUACAUCUGGAAGAUCAUCUACACCGCCUGAAGGGGCAUUUACAUCUGGAGAAGCAUCUACAACGCACGGAGAAGCAUCUUCAUCGUAUCAAGGAGCAUAUAAAUCAUCUGAUGAAACUUCAUCAGAUUCAUCAGACGAAUCACAAGGUUAUAAAUUUUGUUAUUUAAAUUGUUUUUAUGUAAUUGUCAAUCGAUUACAAGAGUAA